CUUGAAUAACAACACAACUCUCUCUGAUCGCAACGUGUCAACACUAGUCUCAAUAGAUAAAAUCUGAACUGAUGUUUCAUACUUUUGACCUAAACCCCAAGCUUCCCAAGCCUGGGAAAGAUGAUCGUGCGCCAGCGGGCCACAAUGAUCGCGUUCGCACAGCAUGUGAGCUGUGUAGACAGAUGAAGGUCAAAUGUGACGGGGCACAUCCCUGCAAGCAUUGCGCUCAAUUCUUUCAUGAGUGCAUCUACCGCCAUCCGCGUCGGAAACGACAAGCCGACCUGGAUCACGGGAAGUUCGUCAGACCAGGCAAAAGACCCAAACUGCAAGAAAAUUCAAACGAGGUUGAUGGCGCUGCUGCAGGUUCUUCGCUACAUGUAGCCUCUCAGCAGGCCACACCAAUCGACAGACAUGAUGAUGCUACACAAAGUGACCAUUUGGAAGCACGACACCAUGGGUCAUCUGGAGAACGAUCUUUCAUAGAACGACUCAAGAUAGAGUUUGGUGACUGGCCGAACAUCGAAUUUGAAAGCAGAUUGCGCGUGAAAGAGCGAAUAGCUCCCAGGCUGUUUCUCUUGGGACCCCAACGUAACUUGUCGAUAAAACUUGCGGCUCUCCCACCGCAUGAAAGAGCAGAGCCACUGGUCAAUCGAGCUCUGGACGCGCACUUACUCUACCAUGCUCUGCAUCGACCCACUUUCGCUUCUGUCUUUCGGUUAUUGUACUCUCUCGAUAAGGAAGAUUAUGGAGAGACAGAGAAAAGCCACAUUCCUCUACUUUACGCUCUAAUGGCUGUUGGCUGCCUGUUCGAGAGACACACUGGGAAUAACGCCGAACAAUCAUCAGAAAGUUCGAUUGCAGAGGGAUUGAGGUAUUUUGAGAUCUGCCGCGACAGCAUUGAUCUCGACGCUUGUGAUAAUCUUUUCGCCAUGCAGGCCAUAUUCUUCAUGAACUUAUUUCUCAUCAGCACAUGUAGAUUAUCUCGGUGCUACACCUAUGUUUCUCACAUGCUCUCAUUAGCUUUGCGCAUGGGCCUUCAUCAGCCCGGUAAGACGGACAGCUCAGUCGUUAGUGAGACCAAGAAAUCGCUUUUCUGGGCCAUAUGGCAGCUCUUGGUCACCGUGGCUUCCAUGUGCGGCCUACCCAAACCAAUACCUGCUGAUGAGAUAGGAAUCGACUACCCGGAGGAUGUAGCCGCUGAUUUCGACUCAAAUCCAUUAACGUCGAAAGCAAAAGAGAACGGCCUAUCAUCAGAAACAAUAUCCAGUCAUUUGAGUUAUGUGAAGCUUCAUGAGAUUCUUUACAAUAUCGUGAAGAGCCUCUAUCCUCCGAGCACUAAGAAAGACAAGGACGCAAGCGGCUUAUUGAAACAUUUUGUAACGAAGCAUACUAUUUUCAAGUUCGAGGACGAGCUACGGAGCUGGACCAGGUUUCCGUCUAUUCGUGCUAUACUGGGCAAACAUGAAGAUAAUCUUUGGGUCCGAAGGGCGCGCUACGAAUUGUGUAUGACAUACGCUCAUAAUCAAGUCUACUUAUACCGACCCUUCAUGCACUACCUCCUGGAGUACCACAAUCAAGAGCAAGAACCACAACAGUACGCAAUAGCUGGCAUUCGUGCAAGCUGUAAUAUUAUCCGCCUUGCGCAAGACAUGCAGCGUCAUGGUCUGCUAUUCGGUGCGCAAUGGCGCGUGGCACAUAUGCUUUCGACAUCUGCUCUCACACUCCUCUACGUUCUUCUGAUCUGCAAGCCAUCGACGUUGGCGCCAUUUCUCAAGGCCGAGCUGGAUACAGCCAGGGCUAUGAUGAUGGCUCUUCGACCUUAUUGUAUCCACUCACAACGCACACACAUUGCAGUGACGGUGUUAGCGACUGCACUCUCAGAUGAAACGAAGGUGCAAGAUUCAGCGAGUGUCAAUGACCAAGCUGACGUCGCUCGCGAACCACACUAUGUGGGGACUCGUGAUUUGGUGGCGAGGACAUUUGCCAAUUCAUCGAGUCCUGAAGAUAUAAGAAGCCAAGCAGAGAUGGAGAAUGUCAACCAGCAAAAGCCUUUAAGGUAUCCAUGGGAACAGACUGUUCAAAGUCAAUCGCCUGCAGCCAACGCAGCUUCGCAGCGAACGAGGUUGCCCGAUGGGCACUUUGGUGAUUCCUCAACCUUCGGUUCUGCGCAGUCUCUGAUUGAGGGGAUCGCGGCCAUGUCAGAGCAGGCAGAUGUCCGAACGAGUUUAGUCGCAAUGCAGCCUGAGAUGACGAUGUAUGGAGAAAGCUCAAGCACAACAGAGAGCACGGAUUUCAUGGAGGCACGACCUUAUAUCGAUCAGCACAUUUAUGAACAGUUCGACUAUUAUGCACAGUCGGUCGGCUACGAGAAUAUUAAUUUCUACGGUGGAGACGACCUUUUUUACCCUUUCGAUAUCUGAUCCCCGAGUGUCCUACUCGCGAAUACGUUCCACCGACCGUUCAGCGAUGACAGCACAAGCUUGCCAUGAUUUUCCUUUACUCAUAAAGAGAAUACCCGAACGGGUUGAUGGGUAAAGGCAGAAAGACACUAACCCGAUUAUCGGAUCUUGUGCCCGAUUCGGAAGUGUAUUUCACUGCCGAUGCCC